AGGGGUGCUGGGACAGAAGCUGUCUGCCAAUCAGUGGCGGGGGACUGAGAGAGAGAGAGCAGAGGAGGGGAAGGAACUUACACUCAGGCUCCCACUACACUGCCCUGCACUGACCAGGACACAGGACGGAACGAACAGAGGGGCAGAAGAACAGAAGAGAGAAGGAAGCUAAAUAAAAGGGAGUGAAAGAAGAAGAGAGGGAGAGAGAGAGAAAGAGAGAGAGAGAGAGAGAGAGAGAAAGAGAGCCUGAGACAGGAGAGGAGAAAUGCCACAGAACGUGGUCCUGGACGGACCUGCCCCCUGGGGAUUCCGUCUCAUGGGAGGCAAGGACUUCAACCAGCCGCUGACCGUCUCGAGGGUGACCCCCGGUAGUAAGGCGUCCGUGGCCAACCUGUGCCCUGGCGACAUCAUCCUUGCCAUAGAUGGAGCCGCAGCCGAGGACAUGACGCAUGGCGAAGCGCAGAUCAAGAUCAGAGACGCCGGCAACCAGCUCACCCUUAAAAUUGAGAGACCUGAAACCAGACUCUGGUCUCCCGCUGUCUCCGCCGAUGACGGCAAAGUAAACCCCUUCAAAAUCAACCUGGAGGCUGAGCAGCAAGAGUACAAACCGAUCGGCACAGGGCACAACCGGCGGGCCCAGCCGUUCGUGGCCGCAAGCCUGGACGACAACCGACAGGUGGUGAGCUCGUCCUACAACACGCCUAUAGGCCUCUACUCCGCGGGCAACAUCCAGGAUGCCCUCCACGGGCAGAUCCGGGGCCUCGCCAAUGAUAAGCCAGAGGGCACACCAGCACAAAGGCCCAUGGGAAAUGUAGUUCAGGGGGGCAGUAAUCCUCCCCAGCCAGUCACUCAACCGGUCGCUAACUCUGGCCCCAACCAGUUCAUGGCCCCCACAGAUCAGUAUAACUCCCCCAUUGCUUUGUACUCAGAGGCCAAUGUCGCAAGCGCUCAACAGCAGGCUCAGAUGUCUGCUGGAGAAGAGAACUCAUCGCCAAGUGGAAAAAUGCUGUCAUCCAUCGAGGACUCCCAUGUGUACCGCAUGCUCCAGGACAACCAGGAGCCAACCCACGAACCCCGACAGUCUGGCUCCUUCAGGGCUCUGCAGGACUACAUCGACAGUGACGGUAGCAGACCCCUGGUGACCAGAAGUGUACGAGCCCCAGUGACCAAGCCCUCCCAGGCGGCCAGCACGCUGUCCAAACUGCCGCUGUGUGAUAAGUGUGGCCAGGGCAUCGUGGGCACUGUUGUGAAGGCCCGGGACAAGUUCCGCCACCCUGCUUGUUUCGUGUGCUCCGACUGUGACAUCAACCUGAAGCAGAAGGGCUACUUCUUCGUGGAGGGUCAGCUGUACUGCGAAAUGCAUGCCCGCGUCCGCACAGCGCCCGUGGAUGGCCACGACCUGAUCGCUGUUUUCCCCUCCAGUUAGAGACACACUAAGACUAAGAAAUGCUGACGUGUAGACGAUGCAGUGACAACUAUGCCAGUUUGAGUUACAAAAGCUGCACUGAGAAAGAAUGCUUCAUACUAUCACAAGGUUUCCCCAGGUAUUUUACAGUAAAAGUCUGAUUGGGUACCGGGCCUUUUAAGAAGGAGGGGUUUGUGUGUGUGUGAGUAUUGGUCACUGCCAGUGAAUGUGCUGCUGACUCAACUAUUGAGAUCCCUUCCACUCAGUACACACCAGCAGAAUCCUGAAUGCAAUAGUUGUGCCUCGCUAAAUUCAGAGUUACAAUUGCUUAAUUAAAUUCUGAACGGACUUCUGAAAGAGAGAAUGAGAAGCUGAAAGGAUUACAGUGUGAUGGCUGUCUAUCACUACUGCCAACGUGUCGUCCUUGGCUUGUUAAUGUCAGUAUGUUAGGGUUAAGGUUUCACCGAUGCCUUAGUUACAAAGGGAAUGUGUGACACUGUUUUCUUAGACAAAGCUGAAUACCACUGCCUACAUGAGUUUUAAUUUACUGUUCUUUUUAGUGAAUUAGUGAGCUAGCUCAUUAUGUGCUAAAAUGUCUGCCUUUUUUGGUUUAGCUUUACAGUUGAUUUUCCUCACUUUCAAAAGCAAAAUAAAUGCAUGUUGAACUCUUAA